UUAAGAUACACUACUCUUUGGCAAGCCAUUGCAGGUAAAAAAUUGAGUGGUGACUUUGUUCCUUCGAAACAGUUACGUUUAAAUAGUUCUGUCAGCUAUGGGUGCAACAUUUUCAAAACUUGAUGCUGACCUCAUCCAGGCCAUUGAAUCAAAUGUAAUCGAUCUAUUGAUCAAGUUAAAAGAAGCGGAACUCUAUAUCGACAAUUUCGUAAAAUUUUAUACCCUAAGAGGUCUCGACUUCUACAUCGGGCUGAUCGAUAGCGAAAGACAAAAAGGACACAUAUCGCACCAUAAAGCGUUCAAACUAAAGGAUCUAAUUCAUAGAGCAAUAGAUAAAUUGAAGGAGAUGCAAACAUGUCCAAGCGUCACUUGUAAUAUACAACCUGAAAAAGGACCGGAAGAACUGAAGAACGAAUUCUUAAAAGUUCAGAAAGAUAUGGAAAGCCAUCAAAUUCCAAGCGACAAGUGCGAACAAAGUUUAAACAUUGUUCGGACGUACGUUCAAAAUUUGGAAAACUCUGAAAGCGUUUCUACCCACGAAGAACAAAACUGUAUUUCUGUUUUGGUUUUGAGACUAUAUUUGAAGUCUCCACCAACGAAAAUUUCAGACAUUCUUCAAGAAAACCUAGACGUUCUAGGACGCGUUAUUGAAACUUUUGGACUAUUGAACUGGGACAACGUUAGUAUUUCUGAAACGGAAAAUGUAAAUUUAAAAGUACAAGAAUUUAAAUCGAAACUGGACACCCUCAACAAAUUAGCUAACCAAAAAUUGAGAAUAAAUACUUCCGAAAGCGAUUCUUCCUUCAAAAAACUUACCGACGACAUCAAUGAAUACGAAUUUCUCAUCAACAAACUAGGAUCGCCUUGUGGAGAAAAUGCUUUAAAUUGUAUCCAAAACAAACUUAAGUUUUUGAUAGAUUGUCAACUUAGCGCGUUACCAACGAUGAAAAAAGAAACAGAAACGAAAAAGAAAUUUCUUUUGAACAAAAGAAUACGGGUUUUACACAAAAUAAACCGAAUCAAGAAACGAAAUGAAGAAGUAAACGAAAGUUUGAGGAUUCUUGAAGAAAUUGAGAGAAAGUUUCUAACUUCAGUCAAUACGAAUGAAGAUUUUAUCUCUAAGAAGGCUAUCAUAGAACAGUUUCAACAACAAGUUGACGACUUGAAAAUUCGUAGUAAUGAAUUUCGUAUACGAAAAAUCGAAAUUUCCAACAAAUUAGACGGUUUUCUUAUUCUGGAGGUGACACAUGUGUUAAGAAACAUCAAACAAUUUAUAGACACUUUUAAAGUGUAUGCACAACAAUUUAGUUUUAUUAAAAAUGUCGAUGUGUACGAAUUUAGAAAAAAUGAAAUCAAAUCUGCUUUGAAACUCUUAGACGAUCUCCCUCGAAGUAUAGAAUUUAUAGAUUUAAGGGUUCAGUCGAUGCAAGAUGAAAUCCAAAAUAAUUUAGACAUUUUGGAAAGAAAAGCCAUCGAUAAUCAAAAUUUCUUUACCAUAUUGGAUCAGUUGGACCACAUUAAGAACCACAUUGAAUUUAUAAACUCGAUUCCAAAUUCGCUGUUAUGGAAACUAAAAGAAAUGAACAAAAUCCGAAAAAGACUACUUAUUAUUGACAAUUUUAACAAUAGAAUAACGACAAAGAAAGUUGAGAUCUUUUUGCAACUCCACGAAGCUGAGGAGAAAAUUUAUUCGUCGGAAAGCUGUCAAAACCUACAAGACAUUAAAGUGCUUUUGGAUGGCUACGAAAAAAAAGUACAAGAAUUUUCUGGGCAAAUUGCCGACGAAGAUUAUUAUAAACACAAAAAUGAACUUGCGGCUGCUUUAAACGAUAUUCAGAAGUUAUCCGACGCCAAAACGGAGAAUCAAGAAGUUGCCUCCGUUUUAAAAAAUACAGCAGAUUUAAUCUUGAACUUGUUGGACAAAGUUUCAACGGAAAACAAAGAUCAAGAUGAUUGCCUUCGCAGUUUAAACAAUAUCGAAGAAAAUAUAGCAAGGGCAACCGAUCUUACACCAGAACAAAGAAAGGAGACAUUAGAAGAAUAUGAGGAGAUUCUGCAACCAAUUAAAUGUAGUUCAAAGGAGCUAAAAACUCUAAACAAAUUAUGGAACGUUGAAAGACGCAUUAAAAUAGAAAAGGCUAAAUUAGAGUUGCACGACUUGGACAAGCAGCUUGAAAUUGUGAAGGAAGAUUUGGUUCAAGUUCAUCUCCCGUUAAAGUCCUCACUUUUUAAAGAAUGUUUGGGCAAACUUCUGCUUUUGAAAGAAACGGCUGAGGACAUGCCGGAAGGAGACUCGAAACUGGAUUCUGAAAAAACCCUGUUUGUUCAAAAAGUGCUGGGUACGAUUCAAUCUUUAGAUAAAAAUUUCACAGAAAAGUUACGUGCGAAAAGGGCAGAGAAGAUGUGUGAAAUGAAACGCUUCUAUGACGAAGUGGAAUAUGUGUCAGAAGACUCUAACGAAGUUAUUCAAACAAUUUUGAACAGAGCUAAAAAUUGUGAAAAUCACAUUACAUAUUAUUUGGGAGAUGAUAGUUCUUCUGAUUAUUGCGCUCUUCGUCAAAAUUUGAAAGGGCUGUUGCAUGAAUUAGAAGGGUUAGAUUGUGACGAUGAAGAACUCUUACAUCAAGUUAAGGAAGGAAAGAAUUAUAUUAAUGGGUUAAUGCGUCGACUGGAUUAAAAAUCAAAGUGGGUUUAAACAAACAAAUAUAAAUUAUAUUAUGGUGUAUUAUGGGUAAAUUGUUGACAUAAUGAAUGUUGUGCUAUUUUACUUGAUUAAUAAAUGUUCUUAGAAGGA